AUGGCUAGACAAAAUUUCAUAGGGUUGGUAGUUUCCCAAGGGAAAAUGCAUAAGACUGUCAAAGUCAGAGUGCAAAGUAAAACCUACGAUAAAAAGAUCAACAAAGAUGUGUUGAGAAGAAAAGAUUAUUUAGUUCAUGAUGAAGGGAAUUUAUGUAAAGAAGGUGAUAUUGUCAGAAUUGAAGCUAUACCAAAAAUAUCUGCCAGAAAAUAUUUUGCCAUUGCUGAAAUCAAAGUCGAUAAAGGUCAACAAUUUGCCUUAUAUGAAACCUUAGCCAAAAAGAAGGUUGCCGAAGAAGAAAAGUCUUUAGUCAAUGAAUUCAUAAAUAGAAGAAAUGAAUUAGAAACCACCAUAAACAAAGUCGAAGACCUUAAGAUCUUAGAUAGAAUAGUGAACAAAGCUAAGAAUAGUUCUGAAACCGACAGAGAGAACUUAGUCAAAGAAAUUAAUGAUAUAAAGCAAAAGUAUAAUAUUAAAUCAUGGCCAAAUGUUGAACCAGUUUUGGAUUUAGACAUUUCCAAAGCUUCCAAAGAUUUAUCGAUUAUUGAAAAUAGAUACACCCACAUACAUAAGAUCUUAGAAACCUUGAUGAGUCCCGAAUAUAAUGAUAAAAAGGUAGAAAUCUUAACUCAAGUAUCUAAAAAAGAUAUUGAAGAUUUAAAACCGAAUGUUCAAAAGAAUUUAUUAAGAAAAUUCAUUUUGGAUCCUAAAAACGAAUGCCCUGUCAGCUUAUAA